AUGAGUUCAAUAUUCGCCCCUUUUGGUGUGGCAUAUUCUAAUCCAUUUGUACACUGCACCUCCACUGGGGAUCUAACAAAAAUGAAAGCAAGGCGUUCGAUCAUAUUUCUUUGCAUUCUGGCUUAUGCAUACGUGACGGUUUCAGAGGAAUUAUCAGCGUACGAGGUUCUUGAGAAAUAUGACCUUCCAGUGGGUCUGCUUCCGCAAGGUGUGACAGAGUAUGAGCUAAACCAAAAAAACGGCCACUUCACUGCGUAUCUUGAGGAAACAUGCUAUUUCAGCGUACAAUCGUAUGAGCUAAAGUACAAGUCCACCAUCAAAGGCGUGAUCUCCAAGGGGAAGUUGUCGAAGCUGAAGGGUGUCAGCGUGAAAAUUGAAGUGUUGUGGAUCCCAAUCACACAGGUCACUCGCGACGGUGACGACCUCAAAUUCUCCGCCGGAGUUGCUUCUGCUGGUUUUAGCACCGACAGCUUUUCCGAGAGCCCUCAGUGUGGUUGUGGAUUCGUUUGUGACGAUUUCAACCUAAACGGUAACAUUUCGCUUCCUGCUUUUUCUUCUCUUUAG